AGUACGCUGCCUAAGAGAUGGGUUUACUGGUGGUGUUUGGCGUGGUCCUUCUAUUAAGUACAUGUCUAUGUGCUGUCCCCAACCAGUUUGGAAGAGAAUUUAUAGUUGUGUUUACAGAACACAUCCAAGAUUACAGCACCCUGGAACUGUUCUUAUCAACGGAGGAACCGACGCCCGUAUCUGUGACCAUAUCGGCUCCCCUCGAACCGGAAACUCAGGCAGCCAUCACGGCGACCGUGAACCAAGGGGAGAGUACUCGUGUCACUCUUUCAAAACUGAUUAACCUAAAGUUUUCAGCUGUUUACAAUCGCGGUAUAUCAGUAGUAAGCAGUGGUGAUAUUUGUGUGCAGGGUUUCACCAACAGCGAGUAUAGUAAAUACAUAAGUGUUGGCGCGUUCAUUGCUUAUCCAGUAAAUUCUUUUGCCAAAGAAUACAUCGUUGUUGCAUGCUGUGAAGACAACAGCUGUGAGAUUGCUGUUGUGAGUUCUGUGGAUGAAACAAAUGUGACCGUUUAUUUACAAAUAUCGAAUAAUAAGAAAGUCGCGUUCUCAGGGAAUGACUUCUACGACGGCGAUACCAUAAACAUCACACUAAACAGGUAUCAGGCAGUUCAACUUCAAUCAACCGGUGAUCUCUCGGGAUCUCGCGUUAUUGCUUCGGAACCAGUCGGGGUGUUUAUAGGAACCGACUUGACUCGUAUUGGAAGUAGAGGGGUUGGUGACUUCUUAGGGGAACAGCUUCUGCCCAGUCACGUGAUGGGCAUGGACUACUUUCUCAUGCCCUUCCCAGAUCGUACAGUCGGGGACGUGAUAAAAAUUGUUGCUGAGUUUGCAAAUACUAAAAUAACGUUUCAAGAGGAAGAUUACAUCAUUGCCCACGCUGGAGGUACUUUAAAGUUGACAUUGCCGUCAUCCUCUCCAUCGGCGUUGAUGUCAAAUAAACGGAUCGUUGUGGCACAGGUGUCUCAAUCAUUUCUUUCUAGUGAACAAAAUGACACAGAUCCUUCUAUGAUGAUAGUUCCUCCAAAGGAACAAUGGCUUCAAAAGUACGUCUUCGCUUCCCCUCAGCUUUCAAGCGAGUUUAAUCCUGUCAAGAUGGCAAUAUUUGCAGAAUCAACGUGUAAAAACGACGUUAUUUUGGACACGACGAUUCCAACGUUAACGUGGAGUGACGUUGGUGACGUCGCUGUGACUUACGUAACGCUGACCAACACUGCUCAUACUCUCCGUGUCAACACUUCUUGUGGAUCUGUCUGGGGGUAUCUCUAUGGCACCUCAUACGAGAAGGCGUGGUCCAUGCCAAUAGGGUGGAAUAUGAUCACACUGCCUGAGGCAAGGACAACAACAUCAAAUAGUACACACACAACGACGGCAUCUACAACACGUUUAACUACCAGUACUGCAAUCACAAUUCCAGCUACAACGACAAUAUCCCCAACUACAACGAGCACAAUUCCAAGUACAACGACCACAAUCCCAACUAUAACGACCACAAUUCCAACUACAACGACCUCAGUUCUAACUACAACGACCACAAUUCCAACUACAACGACAACAGUAGCUACUACCACAUCUUCUACUGCAACCGUUCCCCUAACAACUACAUCCACACUAACAACCAGUGAUGUCACUACGUCAACUUCAACUACCAGUACUGCAAUCAUAAUUCCAACUACAACGACCAUAACCCCAAAUACAACGAGCACAAUUCCAACUACAACGACGCCAACUACAACGGCCAUAAUGCCAACUACAACGACCAAAACCCCAACUACAACGACCAUAAUUCCAAGUACAACGACCACAAUUCCAACUAUAACGACCACAAUCCCAACUACAACGACCUCAGUUCUAACUACAACGACCACAAUUCCACCUACAACGAAAACAGUAGCUACCACCACAUCUUCUACUGCAACCGUUCCCCUAUCAACUGCAUCCACUACUUCCACACUUACAACCAGUGAUGUCACUACGUCAACUUCAACUACCAGUACUGCAAUCACAAUUCCAACUACAACGACCAUAACCCCAAAUACAACGAGCAUAAUUCCAACUACAACGACGCCAACUACAACGGCCAUAAUGCCAACUACAACGACUAAAACCCCAACUACAACGACCGUAAUUCCAACUACAACGACAACAGUAGCUACUACCACAUCUUCUGCUACAACCGUUCCCCAAACAACAACAUUCACUACUUCCACGCAUACAACCAGUGAUGUCACUACGUCAAUUUCAACUACCAGUACUGCAAUCACAAUUCCAACUACAACGACCAUAACCCCAAAUACAACGAGCACAAUUCCAACUACAACGACGCCAACUACAACGGCCACAAUGCCAACUACCUGGACCAAAACCCCAAGUACAACGACCACAAUUCCAGCAACAACGACCACAACCCCAGAUACAACGACCAUAAUUCCAACUACAACGACAACAGUAGCUUCUACCACAUCUUCUACUACAACCGUUCCCCUAACAACCACAUCCACUACCUCCACACUUACAACCAGUGAUGUCACUACGUCAACUCCAACCACAACUUCUUCUCUGACUGCGACACCAACUACUACCCAUACGGGCACGGCGACAACGACCACACCUGCUACUCCAUCAACUACCAUGCUCCCCAGUUCACCCACGACUGCAACUACCGCUACUAGCGUUACUUCGACAUUACACCCAACAAAUACAGCCAGCACUUCAACUGCCAUCCAAACUGCAGCGUCUACGUUAUCAGCUGCGUCGGAUGCUUCAACAUCAACCACACUGACUGUACCGUCACCAGCAUCAAUUCCGUCAAUGCAAGCUCUGUCUUGCAUCUGUGUAUGUAAAACAAAUUCAACAAACACACAACUGACAAGAAUCUUAAAUGAUAUCAAGAAGAAAUUGUUACUCCCUAAACAAUCUCUGUCCUCGACCGUACGCAAACUGACAAGUUCAUCUGACUCACGACCUUCAGCAGCAGUUUUUGGUACUCUUGGAGUGCUGCUUAUCACCAUCACCAUCGUGGCGUUAGUGGCGCCAGACGCCAUUGCCGUCUUAUCAUUCUUCAGUCAGAAGAUGACGGCAUAAAUAUCUCAGGUGCGUGUUUAGCUCAAUGGGUUGUGUGAGUGUACGUAUCAAAGGCAUUGUUUUUGUGCGCUGUGCCACAGCAUAAUAAGCACACUAUAAAACGUGUGCUUAUUAUGACAGUAUGUUCAAAGAGUAACACAAACAUACCUAAAUGAUUUGUUGGAAGCGAACACAUACUUCUGAUCUUCACCUGAAAUUUGAACAUUAGGCAUUACUGGAAGAGGGAUGCAUGUGAGUGUAGUGCUCUAUAAGCCUUGCAUUUGCUAAAAUAAGUGUGUUUAUAUUUAAUGCCGAACUAAGCAAUAUUGCAGCGGUGGUCUGUAAAAGGCUCGAUGUUUAUAUUGUUAAUUCAUAUUUUGAUAACUGUGAGAAAUGGGCACAGUGUGAUGACAGAAGAAGAAAUACAGAAAAUGCAGUGAAAAAAAUGGAAACGGAAUUUUCCAGGACAAUUCUAGUGAGUGAGUGAGUUGGGUCUAACACCGCUUUUAACAUUAUUCAAUUUAUAUGUAGGAGGAAAGCUCGAAGUGCUGCAGGUUUUAGACGUAUUCCACUAGGUGAAACCCCUGAAAUCUUUCAACAAUCACGUAAUAUAAUAAUGCCAUAUUUUAUGAAGUACUUAAGAAAGAAUAUUUUCCACGUGAUGGAAUAAUGGGCUCUUGAAGAAACGAUGUAGAACUUAACCUUAUAAUUAUUUAAGGGUCUUAAUAUAAUGGGAAAAGCAUUACAUCAGUAAUUAUACAAAACUCACUGUUUUGUUUGAACUUAAAAUUGCAUAUUUGAAUCCUAGUUUGGGAGGGAUUAUUGUUUUUAGUUAUUUGUUUUCAGAAAGCUUUUGAUAUGGUUGAUAGGACAAAAUUACUGUAUUUUGGCUUGACACAAAUUCAUCCCUGGUAUUUGAUUAACUUGAAGCAUGAAUAGCGUUAAAGUUUCUGUGAAGCUCAACUCACCACAUUAUACACAAUUAUUUGACACCUCAUGUGGUGUAGGACAAGGAUGUAUGCUUUCACCGUUACUGUUUUGGAUGUACACAGGUGAACUAGUAAAUGUUAUGAAGAGGGGAUCUUCACUGAUUGUGGUGUUGAUAAAAUAGUUUUGCUUUUAUUAGCUGAUGAUGUGUCAAAAUGCGCAGAUUCUUUUUAGAAGGAUACUGCUUUUAAUGGGGAUUAACGGUAAACAUUAGCAGAAUAAAGUUAUGGUAUUUAAAAAUGGAUGACCUUUAUCACAACAGGCAAAAUGGUUUAUUAAUGGUGAACAGACUAAGUGAGUGAGUUGGGUUUAACGCCGCUUUUAACAUUAUUCCAGUUAUAUCACGGCGUGCCAGCUUAAUGUGGGAGGAAAUCCCGAAGUGAUGCAGGUGACAGACGUUUAGCA